CAGACGGGCUGGCCGGCUCUGACUCCUGCAGCUGCUGCCGCUGAUGGGCUCUGCUGGACGGCUACAGACCCGCUCCUUUUGUUAGCAGCGAGCUGGAAAAGCACCGAGAAAACUCCUGCCGCGUCCAUGCAAUAGCACACCCUUUUUUUCCACCCCCUUUUCUCUUAGGAAAAUGAUCAUCUGCACGAGUAAGAUGGAGUACCCCUUAAGAUCGCAGUACCAGCGGGUCCAGAAACAGGUGAUGGUGAAUGGUGAAAAGGAGCGAGUGUCAUUACUGUUCAUGAAGGCUCUGGUCAGCAGGGGGAGCGUGGAUGCCGUAUCCCAGCAGAUGGCGUCUCACCCUCAGUAUUUGGAGAGCUUCCUCCGUACACAGCACUACAUCCUGCACAUGGAUGGCCCUCUCCCGCUGCCAUACCGCCACUAUAUCGCUAUCAUGGCUGCAGCAAGACAUCACUGCAACUACUUAGUGUAUCUGCACUCAACCCAUUUUCUAAGAGUGGGAGGGGAUCCUCUGUGGUUGCAGGGUUUGGAGGCGGCGCCCCCUCGGCUUCGCCUCCUUGACCACAUCAACAAGGUGCUGGCCCACCAGCCCUGGCUCACAGCCUGCUCCCACAUACAGACACUGCUGAAGGCGGGCGAGCAGUGCUGGUCACUGGCAGAGCUGGUGCAGGCUGUGGUGAUCCUGGCCCACUGCCACUCCCUCUGCAGCUUUGUGUUUGGAUGCGACACAAACUCAGACUUCGUCCCGCUCUCUAAAUCUCCUAAUGGUACCCCACCUACCUUAUGUCCCUUUGAUGCUGCCAACGGCAACACCAAUGUGCCUCAGUCACUCGCUGCUCCUGCUGAACGUAUAACACGACGACGGUCUUUGGAUUCCAGUUGUGAUAUGGUGUACUUAAAGGAGAGGAUCCAGAAGUCCCAGGAAGAGCGUGAGAAGAGAGAAGAGCGUUUUCUAAAAAAGCAGACACUCCAGCCAACAGACAUGGAAGAGGAGGAGGAGAUGAUGUGCUUCGCAGAUCCUUUGCGUUUUAUCACAGACCCUGACUUUUGCUAUCAGGAGUUUGCCCGCAGGGACGAGGACCACUUCCAAGUAUUAAGAGUUCAAGAUUAUUCAUGGGAAGAUCAUGGCUUUUCCUUAGUCAACAGAUUAUACUCUGACAUCGGCCACCUCCUAGACGAUAGAUUUAGGAGCGUAACAAGCCUUCCCUCGCUGCACAGUCCCGACCUGAAGAGGGCCAUUUGGAAUUACAUCCAUUGUAUGUUAGGAAUACGCUAUGAUGACUAUGACUAUGGAGAGGUGAAUCAGUUGCUGGAACGAGAUCUAAAGCUGUACAUCAAAGCUGUGGCUUGUUUUCCUGAUGCCACAAAAACCCCGGUGUGUCCUCUGAGUUGGACUGCUCUUAAAACAUCAGAAAGGAUACACGUAAAUCUACUGAUCAUGGAGGCCCGGCUGCAGGCGGAGCUGCUCUACGCUCUCAGAGCCAUCACUCAGUAUAUGAUUGCCUAAGUAUUCAGAGAGGCACCACGUUGAAACUCUUUACCGGUACGGAGAGACCCAGAUUCAAGAGGAUGAAGACAUCUCAGCUGGAGACGGUGAUGUGGGGCGAGAGCGGCACCUUCAGGGACACAGAGCUCGAUUGUUCGUCGCUGUGCCUCAUAAGUGUGCUUCUUCUUUCGCUCAGAUUUAAUAUGUUUAUACCAUAGUAAGCCAUGCCCCUGCCCACCCCACUUGAAGUUUGUCUUAUUGUGAAGUCCUCCUAAGAAUAUCCUGGCUCUAAAACGUUAUGUGCAAUUAUUAGAAGUUAUUUUAUUUUUUACCUGUUGUCUUGCGUUCCAGUUCUGUCUGUGUGAAACUGCUCGUUUGAAGCAGCGCGUUACCAGUGGCUAACCCUUUUUUAUUUACGCGUCUCCUUUUGUAAAAGUUAUGCUUUCCCAACGAUGACGACAAGAAAAAUGGAAAAAAAAAAAAAGGAAAACUCUUUUUGUACAAGUUAAAUGGUUGUUAAUGGGAGACCGGGGCCUUAGUUUAGUUGUCCUUUUCCUUUCUGGGGGGACAAUCGUCAGUGUUGGAGGCCAUUGAGUGGACUUCAAUGGAUAACAGUUUUGCUCUCCCUGACAGUUCAUAUGAAUGCUGGUAAAGAACAAACACAGCCGUGAAGUUAUCGCAUCACCAUAGUUUCUUUUAAUAAGCACUUUUUUAAACUUUAUAUAUUUAUAUUGCAAUGUAGCUCAAGUCGACGUUGAGGCAGUUUGUGGGUCUGACACCUUUUCCUCACCAUAGUGCAACUUUUAGAUGGUUCGUCCUCAAAAUUUCCCACUUUACUUGUCUUCUCCACCCAAGAUUUCUUAGCGAAGGCACUUGAUUUAAGAUAUUUCAGCACGCUUUUGUUUUUUUUCCUUAUUUAGAAUUCACUGCUGAUACCGAAGGAUCAGGAAGAUGAUGUUCCUUUUUAGAAAAAUAGUUUUUUUUGGGUACCUUAACUGAACAGGGCAAUGGGUAGGUUUCCGUGGUGACACUGAAGCUGAGCCUUUAGCAGCCUGGCUUGUUUAUUUUUACUCAAGUGUUUCAGAAAGAAUGAAAUCAGAGUGAGAACUCCAUCCUUCAAAGAUUAAAUCCAUGAUUGAACUAGAUCAGUAUAAAAUCUCCAAAGUAGAUGUGCACUAAUAUGAGUUCAGGUUUUUGCUCCACUUACUGCUAUUAUUUCUUUUUAAUGCAUACAACAUUAGAUCUGAUCCAUUAUAGAAAUUGCUAAGCACAACGAUGUGCAAAGUAGUAUGUUAAAGAAAAAAAAAAUAACCUUUCAGUUUUUUUCUGGGUUUUUUUUGGUAAAUUUUUGAAGUACUUGUAGAUUUUUCUUGGUGUGUCCAUAGGACCUGCUUGGCUAGGUAGAUGUAGAAGUGUGGCAGACCUGUGUAGAUUUAGAAUUAGCAACUGCUGGACAUUUAAAAAAAUAAGUGCAUAUCGAUAAAAGCAAAAGCGCUAUUAACACAGGUGCCUUUAGGCUAAAACUGGAGCGCUGCUCGAGUGGAGGGAUGUUGCUGCUGGAGGCUGAAUGAAGGCUUUGAUUGCAACUGGGAAACAUAUCUGACAGGUAUAAACCUUGUGACUAUUCCUACAUGAAUGGGAACACUUUUUUUUCUUUCUUUUUUUUGCUUUCUUGGUGUUGGGUCGGCACCAUUUCUGAUAAAUGUUGUGGCUGUGGACACCCAUGUUUUCAAUGAUACACCUUCUGCAAGCCUCAGCUACUCAGCAAGAGCCUUUGACACAGAUGGAUGUUAAAAAUGUUCAACUUUAAAAGAUGGAAAAAAAAAAGAUAAUUAUUUAAAAUACAACUUAAAAAAAUGGAACAACUGCAAAGACAAAAAAAAAAAUUCUGAAAAUGUGAAGAUAUGUUUUCUAUAAAGAUGUUAUA